GAUUAAACCGAUAAAAGUGACUUGUUGACGAGGAGAAGAGAACUUUAUUCUCUCCUGAGAGCGAAGAGAAGCGAAAAUGCUGUUUUAUUUCGUGGACUUCUUGGAGCGAGUUUGUGUGGGCGAUGUUUUAAGACGGCGUGUUUAAGACACAGCAGUUUCGUUAUUAUCUGCACCACCAAAACAUCUUUUGGCUUCUUUUUUGGUUUUGUUUCCUGGCUUUUCUCCAUCGAGGUUUAAGAUGAGGAUUAUAACGUGCUUCCUCCUGAUCCUGACCGCGACUUUUAACUCGCAGGUGACAGCUGGGUGUCCGAGGGUGUGUGAGUGCCCCCUGGAGCGCCCCGUGUGCCCGCCGGGUGUAAGUUUGGUGCCUGACGGGUGCGGGUGCUGUAAGGUGUGUGCCGCCCAGCUCAACCAGGACUGCCACGAGGGCCGACCAUGUGACCACCAUAAAGGGCUGGAGUGUAACUAUGGCAACGACGUGGGCAGUACCCAUGGAAUCUGCAGGGCUAAACUGGAGGGCCGCUCGUGUGAGUACAACGGCCGCAUGUAUCAGAAUGGUGAGAAUUUCCGUGCUGGCUGUAAGCAUCAGUGCACAUGUAUCGAUGGGGCGGUGGGAUGUGUGCCCCUCUGCCCCAGCGACGUCCCGCUGGCCUCACCCUCCUGCCCCUCGCCCAGGCUGGUGAAGGUUCCUGGUCAGUGCUGCCUUAGUGUGGACUGCCACCGCGGCUCCUCGGUGCUGCCCCCUGUCUCCAGACGCCUGCAACCGCCCCCAUACAUCUAUCCUCACCUCCAGCCCUACCCUAAGCUGUACCCUAAACUUUACCCUAAACCUUACCCCCGUCGGCCAGACGACACCCUGAGCAACGAGCUGGUGGAGGUGGGGAGGAAGUGGGAGAAACCGCACAGUCACAAGCACCUGGCAGCCUGGAAGAAAGUGGGAAGGCAGUGCAUCACCCAGACUACCAGCUGGACGCCUUGCUCUCGGAGCUGUGGCAUGGGGCUGUCCUCUCGUGUCACCAACGAGAACGCUCAGUGCAAGCUGGUGAAGGAGACUCGCCUUUGCACCAUCAGACCCUGUAACUCCAUGGCCGUGCCUAUAAAGAAGGGACGGAAAUGUUCCCGUACCCAGAAGUCUCCGGAGCCCCUGCGCCUCCACUACGCAGGCUGCCGCAGCUCGCGCCUCUACCGACCCAACUACUGUGGCGUGUGCCGGGAUGGCCGCUGCUGCUCCCCGCGCCGCACCCGGACCGCCUCUGUGUCCUUCACCUGCCCAGACGGUGAGAACUUCGAGAGAUCUGUCAUGUUCAUCCAGUCCUGCAAGUGCAGCGACCAGUGCAGCCACCUGAACGAGGCCUCCCUGCCGCCUCAGCGCUGGCUCUACGGCGACACGCACAAGUUCAUUGACUAGUGCAGCUAAUCGAGGCCUCUAAAGGACCCCAUUCCCCAGUUUCCCCUGCAGGCAAUCCCCUCUAGAAUAGUGUUAUCAAAUGUAACUCUGAGUAGAUGCUAGACCAAGGUCCUUCAUUUGUGAAAACUCAAAAGAAGGUCUCAGUUGGAGAAGUAGGGGAAGCUUAGAGUAGAUCCUGAUGAAGAAUGCUGGUUGUGGACUAGCUCUUGAGGGCUGGCUGUACAGCAACACAUACAGUGCUAUCGACAAAUUCUGCCACCUCUAGAGCACCUCGUCCUCCCCUUUUCCCCAAAACUCAAUCCCCACUAGAGUACCUUUUUCAAAUGUAAGCCGGAGUAGACGCUAGACUAAAGGCCUAGUAUUGCCUUCAUUCUUAAAACCCAAGACAACAAGUGAAAGAAAUGUCAGGUGGCAGCUAUCAGGCCUUCAAUCUAUCAAACCAAAUGUAUUUAUAAAGGGUGUAAACCUACAAGGUUUACCAACAAGGAGACUGAAAGUAGAGAGCAAGUUUACAUUGACUUCUACUGCAACUC